CACUCAUUGCAAGUCGAACAGCCGAGCAAGCAACACGCACUUUCACUUCAGUGACGCUUCAACCUCGUGAAAGAUAACGAUCAGUGUUCAGUGAUUUAGUGAAUCCCAAAGCCGGUGCGAGAUACAAGGAUGCAGCAGAAACUGUCCGGGUGGGCCCUCCUGGCCCUCAUCAGCUCCUCGGUGAUCCUCCACACGAUAGCUUACCCUCAGCAACAAGCGCCUCUCAUCUCAAGGUCAACAAGCAACGUACGGUCACAAAACCCCGUAUAUUACAGUAAUUCGUUGCCCGCGCCUCAAGAACAAAUAGGCCAAGAGAGGAAAUAUGCCGAGAAACCAAACGCGUUGAAGAAAGUGAUCGACGACAUCGACGACACGCAAACAAAUUCAAUAUCGGAAGGCGGUUUCUCCUGGUCAAACAUGUUGGGUAUGAUAAUGCAAAUGAUAUUCAACCCUGGCGGCUCCAGCCCCAGCAAAAGCGACGGCCUUGAUACCGAUUCUGGUUCAUCAUCCCCUUGGCCAAAUCUCCUUUCCAUGGGUCUCAAGAUUUUGACCGCUGUGCUCGGAGGUGGCGCCCCUGUUGAUGGAAUCGACAAAGUCGAUUCUUCAUCACCAAUGCAGGGUAUAUUGGCUGCGGUUCUUUCGACGGUGCUCGGUGCAAAAGAUCCAGACCAAGUGGCCUCGAUGGCAAAGCAGGCUGGAGAGUUCAUUAGCAUCGUUGUGAAUCUGCUGGAUGCUCUCAAGACAUCCUUCUCUCAUCGGUCGCUCACUGCACGAUCCAUGGGUCGCAAGGAUUCAGUCAGUGACGCAGCGAUCGCUGGAAUUUCAAUGCUCAAGACUUACGUUCGGUCCUUCGGAACUAAUGAUGAUAAAUGCCUUCAAAAGUAUGUGUGUGAUGCUAACAAUGAAUGUUCAUCAGACAUUGGACCGAAAAGCAUCUUCUGUCAACUUGGAACAUACGCAGCAAGUUUCGUAUUAGAGAGGCAAUCGGGAGGUACUUUCGAGCAGUUCUAUGAAGCCGGUCGCCGCGGCCGCUCUGGUAUUGAUUGUCGCCAGUUGUAUCUUGAAUGCAAUGAAGUUUAGACUACUACUGCAUUUCAAUAUACAGCCAAUAUACCCAAAACACGAAAGCAGUGGAGAAAAAUACUACAUUCGAAAUCAACUAAUACAGAAAUGAAAAAUGUCGUUAUAAGCCAAAUUAUAAUUUUUGGUACUUUAGCAUCCUAAAAGAGACUACUAAAAUUAACAAAUCCGACCGAUUCCUGUUUAUGUAAUCGGAAAAUUUCGUGCAAGCUAUCCCAUCGCACAUUUGAAGAACAUGUCAUGUGUAGUAUUUUAUAAGUUUUAAUUUAUUUAUUUAUUUAACUUAUUCUGUAGGUUAAUUACAUAGGCAUUACAAAGUAUUACGUGAAAAUAGGCAAAAGCAUCAAAAUUCCGUCCGGUAAAGAGUUCAAAUUGAAAGUGAUUGGCAUUUAAACCAGCAAUUUCGCCAAUUUUGUAAUAACGACUGAUGUAAAAUUUAAUAUUGUGUGAUAUAAAACAUUUAUAUCACCUUAUAGUUUAGUUAUGAAUAUUAUGUGUAUAUUUUUGUGAUCAUGUAUGAUUGAGGACGUCCUUGUGUGAUUGUGAUUGUUGAAUAAAAUAUUAAUUUAUAUAAA